UCUGUCUUCCUCCACAGCUGCACUCCUCUGGAUCAGCCACUUUUCCUCUGGUUCAGAUGAGUGCUAUCUUUAAUUAAUUGAGUGCAUGGUGGAAGGAGAGGUGGGAGAAACAGACUGAAAGGCUAUAAAUACACCAUUAAAAUACAAACCAAAUCUGCUGGGCUUACUAAAAACAAGCAGCGCGGAGGAGCUUAAUAAGCCUUUUUACAGCUAACGUUUAGCUUUGAAAGAAGACAGGGGAGCAAAGAUGCAGGGAAUGGAUUUUGAGGAUAAGAAGUCCAAGAGGUAUUGCAUGAAGAAAAAGCAUGUGGCCAUCAUCUGUGCAGUAGUGGCUGCAAUAGGUUUAGCUGUGGGACUUGGCGUGGGAUUAAGCAGACCUGAGCCUUGCCAACCUUCCGGAGGGACAGAACAGCCAGCAACCACUACCCCUGGGACAGUAGAGCCACACCACUGCCCUCCCAAAAAUGAUGCGAGUGGAGAAUGGAUAAAUUUCAGGCUACCCACUUACAUUAACCCAGAACACUACGAGCUGGAAAUGAAACCUGAGAUGGAUGCAGAUAUCUACACAGGGACAGUCAACAUCUCCAUCAAGUUGGAUAAACCUACCAAGUACUUGUGGCUUCACCUCCGAGCGAUCAAGAUCACAGAGAUGCCCAUGCUCUGGAAAGCCUCGGGGCAGCAGAUUGCACUGACAGAGUGUUUUGAAUAUGAACAACACGAAUAUGUGGUGAUGGGGGCAAAAGACAUGCUCUCUGCUACUACUGAAAAUGACACCUAUCUACUAACCCUGAAGUUCCAAGGCUGGCUGAAUGGCUCCCUGGUUGGAUUUUAUAGAACCACCUACACUGAGAAUGGAGUGACCAAGAGCAUAGCAGCUACUGAUCAUGAGCCAACAGAUGCACGGAAGUCGUUUCCUUGCUUUGAUGAGCCAAACAAAAAGGCAACUUACACCAUAUCUAUCAUCCAUAAAGAACCAUACAAAGCACUUGCAAACAUGCCAGUAAAGCAAACGGUUCAACUGCUUGAUGGCUGGAACAGGACAACUUUUCAGAAAUCUGUCCCAAUGAGCACUUAUUUGGUGUGCUUUGCUGUGCACCAGUUUGAUUGGGUAGAAAGAAAGUCUGCCAGUGGAAUUCCUCUCCGGAUAUAUGCACAGCCAAAGCAAUUACACACAGCAGAUUAUGCAGCAAAUGUUACUAAAGUUGUAUUUGACUACUUUGAACGGUAUUUUGAUAUGAAGUAUUCUCUUCCAAAAUUAGAUAAAAUAGCUAUUCCAGAUUUUGGGACUGGUGCUAUGGAAAACUGGGGUCUGAUCACUUACAGAGAAACAAACCUACUUUAUGAUCCCAAAGAAUCUGCUUCAUCCAACAAACAGAGAGUAGCAGCUGUGAUUGCCCAUGAGCUCGUUCACCAGUGGUUUGGAAACAUUGUGACCAUGGACUGGUGGGACGACUUGUGGCUAAAUGAAGGAUUUGCCAGUUACUUUGAGUUCCUGGGAGUAAAUGUUGCAGAAACUGAUUGGCAAAUGCUUGAUCAGGUGUUAAUUGACGACGUGCUGCCUGUGCUGAAGGACGACUCCUUGUUGUCUUCUCACCCUAUUGUGGUCAAUGUGUCAUCUCCAGCUGAAAUAACAUCUGUAUUUGAUGGCAUAUCAUACAGCAAGGGAGCAUCAAUUCUCAGAAUGCUUCAAGAUUGGAUUACACCAGCAAAUUUUCAAAAAGGAUGUCAGGACUACCUAAAGAAAUACCAUUUCCGGAAUGCAAAGACAGAUGAUUUUUGGGAAUCCCUGGCACAGACAAGUGAUAAGCCAGUGAAGGAAGUGAUGGACACCUGGACCAGGCAGAUGGGAUACCCUGUAUUGAGUGUGGACGCUAAUUUGAAGGUCACACAGAAACGUUUUCUGUUGGACCCCUCAGCAAAUACUUCUGAACCGACCUCUGCACUAGGUUACACAUGGAAUAUCCCAGUGAAAUGGUAUGCUGGGAACGAAACAGAUGUUACAUUCUACAAUAAAUCAGAAUCUGCAGCCACCGGAAUUACUAUAACACCCAGCAACCCUAAUUCUUUACUGAAAAUAAAUCCAGACCACAUUGGAUUUUAUCGUGUAAAUUAUGAAACACAAACUUGGAACAACAUAGCCAAUAAUCUGCUUAACAACCAAAAGUAUUUCUCUGCUGCUGAUCGUGCCGGGCUUGUGGAUGAUGUGUUUUCUUUGGCAAGGGCUGAACUUUUGAAUUAUGCUGUUCCACUGAAUCUAACAAAAUAUCUACAAAAUGAAGAGGACUAUUUACCUUGGCAUAGAGUUAUAUCAGCUGUAUCUUACCUCAGAGACAUGCUUAGAGAUGAUACAGAGCUCUACCCCAAGUUUAAGGCAUACUUUCGCAGUUUGGUUAAACCCAUUGCAAAUAAGCUGGGUUGGAACGAUGAUGAAACUGGAAGCCAUGUGAUGAGGCUUCUUCGUGCAGAAGUUUUAGGAUUUGCAUGCAGAAUGGACGAACCAGAUGCUUUGAACAAUGCAUCUAGCUUAUUUUAUUCCUGGUUAGAUGGCUCAAGUCCACCUGUAAAUCUCCGGCUCUUGGUAUAUCGCUAUGGGAUGCAGAACUCCGGCAAUGAGACAUCAUGGAACUAUAUGUUUCAGAAAUACCAAAGUACUUCAUUAGCUCAAGAAAAAGAAAAGUUGCUCUAUGGUCUGGCAUCAGUGAAGGACAUCACCCUUUUGGACAGGUAUCUAAAAUAUAUUUACAACACCAGUCUUAUUAAAAGUCAGGAUGUGUUCACAGUCCUGAAAUACAUCUCCUAUAACAGCUAUGGCAAAACCAUGGCUUGGGACUGGAUACGUCUCAACUGGGAAUACCUAGUCAGCAGGUACACUAUCAAUGAUAGAAAUCUUGGUCGAAUAGUAUCCAUAACCCAAACGUUCAACACUGACCUUCAGCUUUGGCAGAUGGAAAAUUUCUUUGAAAAAUACCCUAAUGCUGGAGCAGGAGAAGCACCCAGGAAACAGGCUCUCGAAACAGUAAAGAACAAUAUUGAAUGGCUAAAACAAAACAAGGGAGAGAUAGAAGCAUGGCUAACAACUUAAUGUUUUACUUCAAAGUUGCGAAGAAUUAAAAAGAUAUUGUCUUAAUUUUAUGCACUUAUUGUUUCUUACAUGAACAUUUGGGAAUCCAUUUACAAAUGCUGUCUCUGAAUCCUACAAACACUUAUGCACUUGAAUAACUUUACUCAUGUAAGAUAAAUAAGACUACUUGUAAGAGGAAAGUUACUCAUGUUAUAAGCAAUUGCAGGAUUGGACUCCUGUUUGUACCUCCCACCUACUGCUUUGAAAAAUGCACCCCUUUGUUUAUGUAGAAAGAAACCCAUUUAAGAGUAUUUAAAACACUCAGGGAUACCUUUCCAAGUGUAUUUUACAGGUGGUCUAUUCCAAGGGAAUUAAGUAAUAAUUUGAACUUGUUUUAAAAUCAUUUUCUAUGUUUAUACUUGUAAAAAAGACAUCAUGUGGGUUUAGCUUUGCAUUCUUAGUACUAAAGAAAUGUCAGUUAAUUUUCAGAGGGGUAGCCAUAUUAAUCUGGAUCUGUAAAAGCGGUAAAGAGUCCUGUGGCUUAAUGUGCCACAGGACUCUUUGUCAGUUAAUUUUGUUUCUCAAUUGAUUCUUUAAAAGUUUAACUAUUGGUAUUCAAGGGAUCAAUAUUACCAGCUUACUGUUUAAGUUUAUUAUUUGGGAUUCUGUAAUUUUUAUUUUUUGUUUUUCUCUCUAAAUCCUGCCAAAGUAACAGCACCUAGGAUAGAAGUCACUAUAAGUUUUAGUUUAAGACAAGGAAAUGGGUACCUGUUACCUCUCUUUCCAUAAGAAGAGCAAAAACAAACAAACAAGAACAACUAUGAAACGCUCACUCUUAACUAGGAAAUAAAAGACUGGCCACCACUGCCUUUUUGAAAAACAUCAACCACUGCUUCUAAAGAAUUUCAGAUUUGGCAAUCACUUUGAGACCUGCAGCCCGAGGAGGGGCAAAUCCAUCCCUGUGCUGGAGCUAGGACCGGCCCAGGAACAUGGGGGAAACAGACUGGGCCUCCUCUAUCCAGGAACAACUGGAGGCCAGUUUGUCUCCCAGUGCAGGCUACUGAGUAGGCCUGAAAGUUGGCCAAACUUAUCCACUAUUUCAAUGGGCCACUGAAGGAGGGCAGAAUCAAGGGGGAGUAAAAGCACACCUCCUUUCACCCUGGAAAGCCGCCAGCAGAAGGGAGGGUGUGUGAGGCUGCUGAAGAGAUGGCGCAGAUCUGGCUGUGCACCAGGAAUAGAGAAAUACCCUAGGAACAGGGGGCCCCUGUGGGGCUACUCCUGCCUUAUGACACCCCUCCAGCCCAUUUGUUCCACCUUAGCUGGUGCAAAAGGGGGUGCAGAACAACUGUGAAUCUGGAUCCAGCUGUUAAAGAAUAAGCAGUUUCUUCACUUUCAGAGAUUUGAGAAGCAGAACUGAUGCUUUCUCAUGCUCUAUUGACCCCUUAUUCAUGUUUCAGGCCAAAUUCACCCUAGGCUGUGCAGGUAGCGUCCACUGAGGUCAGAAAAUUCUAGUGAUUGUUAGUCAAUUGCUAUGUGAAAGGAAAGUGUCAGCCAGCAUUCCACAAAUAAACAUUUAAGGAUUUUAACCUACAAUGGUUACAACCCACUGCUGUUAUAUGCUUCCAAUUGUGAUGGGAACAUGGCAAAGAGCCAAGUUACUUCUUCAGUGCUCUUGCCUUUGCCCAGCAAUGAAAGUGAGGCAAUUGUACAGAACCAAAAUAUGCACAGAACAUGAAAGAAAACUUUCACUCCCCCCCAUAUGAAAAAAAAUCAUAUUUAUAAUGGACUCCUCGUCUUAUCUUAUGUCUGUACCUUUAAAUAUUUUUAUGAUUGAAUAAAGCAAAUCAAUAUGGUGAAUAAAGCAAAUAAA